AUAAUUUUCCUGAAUACAUAUAUUUAAAGAGAUCUCGCCAUUGAGACAGAAUCAAGGGAGAUUCCCUGGCUAUAUAACGCCUUCCACCUCCAUUGGAAUCUUCAAAGCGCUCUCUCCCCUAACUCUCUGUAUUCUGCUCAUCAAUGGCGCUUCGAAGAGCACUAGCGAAUCGUCUACUCAACAAAAACAGAGACUCAUCUCCACUCCUAACCCUCGAGCAUUCACCGAUUUCAUCUCCAUCCUUGCACAAAACCCCAAAUGCAUUCAAAACAAACUUCCACCGCGAGUUCCUCACUUCGCCUGACUCCGCCGACAGCGGCUUUUUUCGACGGUUCCUCCAGCGGCGGGCCAUAAACCAGGCGGCGAAGUUCCCGGACUUCCUCUCCAUUCCUUUCGGAGACGAGCUGAGGGAGAAGCUCGGAUCUAUAAAUCUCACCGGCGAUCGUCUCCGGCUUGAAGGGCUGAGUUCUCCGGUGCCUUCGCAAUCAGCUCCGUUCGGUUCAAUCGAUAGGACAUCGAUAUCGGUGAGAGAUGCGAAGAAGAUUCUGAAGGCUUCGCAGUUGGAGAAGGUGAGAUCGAAGCUGAGACAGAUGGCGAUGAACUCGAUUUCGUACUCGGAGUAUGUAAAGAUCUGCGUUGAUGUGUGUGCGAAUCGAGAGCAAGGUGUGGAGUUUGCCAAGAGGUUGGAUGAGUCUGGAGACGUCAUCGUUUUGGGCCAAAUCGUGUUCCUUCGGCCGGACCAGGUUGCAAAAUCAAUGGAAAAGGUAAUUUCUCAGUCCGUAGCCAUCCCAAACGACCCAAGAAGGCAAGAACUUGAACAAAUGGAGAAGCAAAAGUCGGUAAUCGACCAAAAAGCCCAACAACUAGUUCAAGUGGAGCUCUACUGUGGGCUAGGCUUCAUAGUUCUCCAAACACUGGUCUUCAUGAGACUCACCUUCUGGGAAUUCAGUUGGGACGUGAUGGAGCCCAUUUGCUUCUUCGUCACAUCGCUUCACUUCGCUCUAGCCUAUGCCUUCUUCCUCAGGACAUCCACAGAGCCCUCUUUCGAAGGCUACUUCCAACGCCGAAUCAAGGCCAAGCAAAAGAAUCUCAUGAAAAUUCACAACUUUGAUAUUGAAAAGUACAAUCAGCUUUGCAAAGCCUUUUACCCUAAUUAUGGACAGUUUCAGGCUUUGGAUCGUGCCAGAGGGGCUGUUUUUGGUGCCGUGCAUGGUUCAUAUUAGUACAUAGAAAAUAUUCUCGAGAAAAUGACAGUAGAGAGAAACAUAGGGUUUUGCCUGUAAGGAUUAUUAGUAGUCCUUUAUAUGGAGUAUCAUCAUGUGUUAAAACCUUGGUUCUUUGACAUCACAAGCAAAUAUGGUUUUUUUCUUAACUACAAAA